AUGCUCAGCGGAGAUGCGGCGAGGCACACGGCCGAUCGUCAUUCCAUGCUCAAUGGGGACAAGGCGAGGCGCACGGCCGAUCGUCAUUCUACACUCAGCAGAGAUGAUGCGAGGCACACGGCCGAUCGUCAUUCCAUGCUCAAUGGAGUCAAGGCAAGGCACACGGCCGAUCGUCAUUCCAUGCUCAAUGGAGUCAAGGCGAGGCACAUGACCGAUCGUCAUUCCAUGCUCAGUGGAGUCAAGGCGAGGCACACGACCGAUCGUCAUUCCAUGCUCAAUGGAGUCAAGGCGAGGCACACGACCGAUCGUCAUUCCAUGCUCAAUGGAGUCAAGGCGAGGCACACGACCGAUCGUCAUUCCAUGCUCAAUGGAGUCAAGGCGAGGCACACGUCCGAUCAUCAUUCCAGGCUCAAUGGAGUCAAGGCGAGGCACACGGCCGAUCGUGAUUCCAUGCUCAAUGGAGACAAGGCGAGGUACAUGGCUGAUCGUCAUUCCAUGCUCAGCGGAAAUGCGGCGAGGCACACGACCGAUCGUCAUUCCAUGCUCAAUGGAGUCAAGGCGAGGGACACGGCCGAUCGUGAUUCCAUGCUCAAUGGAGACAAGGCGAGGCACAUGGCUGAUCGUCAUUCCACGCUCAGCGGAAACGCGAGGCGCACGACCGAUCGUCAUUCCAUGCUCAAUGGAGUCAAGGCGAGGCACACGACCGAUCGUCAUUCCAUGCUCAAUGGAGUCAAGGCGAGGCACACGGCAGAUCGUCAUUCCAUGCUCAUUGGAGACAAGGCGAGGCACAUGGCUGAUCGUCAUUCUAUGCUCAAUGUAGACAAGGCGAUGCCUGUGGCCAAUCAUCAUGCCACGUUUGAUGUGGGAAGUCGAAACACAUGA